GGACAUCUGGUAGGAGUCCCGUCUGUAUUAAUAGCCUCCGUUUAAAUGUAUGUUAUCAAAAGAGGCAGCUUCUAAUCAGCCAAGAGACUGCACCCUGUUGCCUCAGGGGCUGCCUGUGACUUUGGGCUGUUAAUCAUGGCUUUCCACAGGCACACAGGGCCCGGCAGUUACACUGUGGGCACCAUGUCGGAGCGCUUUGACUGCUAUUACUGCCGUGACCCGCUGCACGGGAAGAAGUACGUGCAGAAGGAGGGCCGCCACUGCUGUGUCAAGUGCUUUGACAAGAUCUGUGCCAACACCUGCAUUGAGUGCAAGAAACCCAUCGGUGCCGACUCCAAGGAGCUGCAUUUCAAGAACCGUUACUGGCAUGACACCUGCUUCAAGUGCUUCAAGUGCUACACAUCCUUGGUGAACGAGCCCUUCAUGCUAAGGGAGAACAACAAGGUCUGGUGUAGUAACUGCACUGCCACUGAGGAUGCACCCAGGUGUAAGGGCUGCUUCAAGCCUAUUAUUGCAGGAGACCAAAAUGUUGAAUACAAGAAGAUGGUCUGGCAUAAGGACUGUUUCACUUGCAGUCAGUGCAAGCAAGUGAUUGGAUCUGGGAGUUUCUUCCCGAAGGGUGAUGACUUCUACUGUGUCUCCUGCCACGAGCAUAAAUUUGCCAAGACCUGUGCUAAAUGCAAGAAUCCCAUCACUUCUGGAGGUCUCACUUACCAGGAACAGCCUUGGCAUUCAGAGUGCUUCAUUUGCUCCAACUGCAAGAAGCAAUUGGGUGGGAAGCGCUUCACAGCCGUAGAGGAUCAGUUUUACUGUGUUGAGUGCUACAAGGAAUGUGUUGCCAAGAAGUGUGCUGGCUGCAAGAAUCCUAUUACAGCAGGAUUUGGAAGAGGAACCAGUGUGGUUAACUAUGAAGAUGAAUCCUGGCACGAUUAUUGUUUCAAAUGCACAAAGUGUGCCCGUGGUCUGGCCAACAAGCGCUUUGUUUGCCAUAAUGGAAAAAUUUACUGUGCUGAGUGUCCCAAACGACUGUAAGGAGCAGACAGCAACUACUAUAAAAUGGAUUUUAAAGGCCUGCUUUUCAAAAUAGUCCUGGUAAAGGUGCAGGUUUUGCAUGUUAAGAAUUUUACCUUUUUCUGUUUGAGCAUAAAACAGACUAAAAUAGCCUAAAUAUACCAGGUUUAACUUUUGAAGCUCCUGCAGCAAGAAAGCAUGUACUGUUGCAAAAAGCUAACUUUGCUUUCAAGUAACUAUUGGUGUAAAGGCCUGAAACGCCAUUUAGAUUUAGCAUUAGAAUUCCAAGUAGUAGUACCCUAAUCUGUGUGUGUCUUAAACUAAAAAAAAAAAAAAAAAAGCUAAUUUUAAACUUUA